CAGAACGAUGCUCUAACACUAAUAAAUUCCCUAGAUUAGUGACUGUUUUAGAAGUAUUUCUAUAGUUUUUUAUUUUACUAGAAUAUCCACGCUUUAUUUCAUUUAUUUUUAUAUCAUUAUGCAAAAUGUAACAUCAUUUACGUUUUCCAAAAACAUUUUAAAGCUAUAACAUUAUCUUUUUUAUAUCGAGUAUAUAAAUCGUUUGACCAUGAUUAAAUUUAUCUAUCAGCAAUGUAACAAAUUUGUUCUCAAAAUUAUUAUGUCCCUUUGCACUUGUAAAUAUAAUUUUAUUUUAGGUAGACUUUAUCUUUACAUAAGAAUAAAUUGAGAAAUAGAAACAUGAUCGCGAUAAAAAUUGAAAUCAAGAGAUAGUACUUAUUUAUGAUACAUAAGUAUAGAAUCUGUAGAAUUUUUGAUCGAAGAAAUAAUCGAGAAUGCGCGCCAAAAUAUGUGUAAAAAGGGAGACAGGUUUGCGAUGCGAGAUUCGUAAAGUUAGUUAUUGUAUAAAUACACGUUACAGAGAUUUGUUUAAAAGAUGCCAUUGAUAAAAAAACCUAUGCGUUAUGCACAUCCAGAAGGACACACAGAUGUUUGUUAUUUUACUGGUGAGAAAAAAGGCCUUGUUACCUGUGGAUCUGAUGGAGAUGUUCGAUUCUGGUUAAAUUUAAUGGACGAUGAUCCAGCUGCAAGCUGUGUUUCAGAGCAAUCUAUAUCAGUAAUAUCAAAGAAUGGACAAAUAUUUGUGGGUAAUGAUAAUAAUACAGUUCAAAUCCUUAAUUAUCCAGAUCUGGAAAAAGAAGGAAUAGUUACUAGAUUUUCAGCACCUGUAUCAGCAUUAGCAACAACAAAGAAAAGCAAUAUUAUAGUGUCUGGAUCUUGCGAUAUGAGAAUACAAAUCACUGAUAUUGAAACAUCAUCUAACACAGAGCUCGUAGGCCAUGAAGCUCCUAUAUUAGGUUUAUCAUUGGAUCCUAAAGAAGAGUUUGUGGCAUCCUCAAGUGCGGAUGGAUCAAUACGAGUGUGGAAUAUCAAAGAUAAACAUGUCGUAAAUAUUUGGCAUAAUGUUGUACCAAAAUGUAACUCAUUUUUUACAGCAAAAGCAUACUGUGUGCCUUCAUUUCAAGCUAAGGAUGGAAGUUACCUUGCAUAUCCCCAUAUGAAAGAUGUAGUUGUAGUGGAAAGAUCUUCUUGGAAGGAAUUGUUUCGCUUAAAGUGCAUUAACAUAAAAAACGAUAUUAGUAUUUGUAAAUUCUCUGAAUGUGGCACAUUAUUAGCUGCAAGCACUGUAGUUGGAGAAAUAAUUGUUUGGAGUGUUAAAACUAAAAACUUAAUUGGUUAUAUUGACCACCAACAAAAUGCUAAAAUUACUUCAUUAUGCUGGAAUAUUGAUGAGCCAGAUGAAAUUGCAUUUUGUGAUUCUUUAGGUCAAUUAGGAUGUGUUGAUGUUAUAUUUUGUGAAAUUCCAUCAAGCAGUGAAGAAAAGUCAGAAACAAAUGGCGAUAUUAAAGAAAAUGACGUCUGCGUGCCAGAUGAUGAAGACGAUGAUGGAGACAAUGUUAUAUCUAUAAAUAAAAUUAAAGCAUCCGUAGAUCUCGAAGAUGAUCAAAAAAGUCAUUCCGAUGUAGAAUCUGUAAAACAACGCGAUGCGAAUAUCUUUACACCCGAAGUUCACUUACAACCACCAUUUCAACCUGGCUCCUCUCCCGUACAUUUGUUAUCUCGCUUCAUGGUCUGGAAUGAUACUGGUAUGGUGAGGUGUUUCACUUCUGAAGAUGGAGAUGAGUCUAGUAUUGAAGUUGAAUUUCACGAUGUAACAAUCCACCGUAGUAUGCACAUUAAUAAUUAUUUAAGACAUACAAUAGCAGCUUUAUCACCUCAAGCACUUGCAUUGAAUUGUCCAUCGAGCGACGAUACAAACAGCAAGCUUGUUGUAAUAACAUUACAAGGUUGGGGUUCUGGGAACAAGGAAUGGUUUGUAGAUCUUCCUGAAGAUGAGGAAGGACAUUGCGUUGCUGCUGGGGAUAACUUUGUAGCACUUGCAACAUCUAGGAGAAAUUUAAGAAUUUUUACGGUAGGAGGCACUCAACGUGAAAUCAUAGCCUUGCCAGGUUCUGUAAUUGCAAUGAAUGGACUUAAAAAUGCUUUAGUAAUUGCUUAUCAUAAUGGAAUAGGAGCAUCAGGUGAUCAGUGUAUGAGUUUAUUGUGGAUUCAAAUUUGUGGUCUAACAUUACGUAGUCGAACACUGCCUCUUCCAUUAUCACCUUUAUCAGAACUUAUAUGGUUAGGACUUACUGAUCUUGGAUCUCCUGCUGUAAUGGAUACAGAUGAUGUUAUUAAAGUGUAUAAUAAAAAUUCGUCUCUGUGGAAAGUUAACUCUGAUAUAGAUGAACAGUCUAAGGGCAAAGCAGAUCAUUUCUUCGUAAUCGGAAUAAGUGAAAAAGAAAGCAUCGUUCGCUGUAUUUUAUGUAAAGGAAGUCAUUAUCCGCCAACUACUCCGCGUCCUGUAAUCGUUGAAGUGUCUAUAGUUCCGCCGCUUUGCGAACGUCAAAGCGAAAAAUCAGAAAAUGAAUUAAAAUUAUGGAAAUUGGGAAGCAAUCCUUCAGAAGAAAAUGAAGCAGUAUUGGCUCUCUUCGCGCUUGCUUGCCGAAAUAAUUUGGAUUAUCGAGCAAUAGAACUAUGCGAGCAAAUCGCAUCCGAGAAAGUCAUAGAAUUGGCGAUCAAGUACGCGCGAAGAAUAAAUCGAGUUGCUUUGUCAAAUAAAUUAGAAUCAAUUGCCGACAUGAGAGAAGAAGAAAAAGAGAAGGAAAAAGAAAAUCAGGAUACUAAUACAGAUGGUAUUAAAAGUGAUGAUGAGUUUCUAAAUAAUGAUAUCGAAGAACCUACGAUUUCGUUAACCAUUCAGAAAAAACCAGAUGUAGAAAUUAAGCCGUUAUCUAUGGCUGACGCUUUAUCAAUGAAAAGAAGUAACCCAUUCUUGAAGAGCGGAAAUUCUCCAGCAACAAAAGGAUUGGCUGGUUUAGACAUUACCCCAGACAAAUCCCUGAAGUUAACAACGCCAAUGUCUGCACCAGCAAAAUCGAAGACAAAAGAGCCGAAAGAUGGACCUAAAAAAGAGACAUUUGUUGGUUGGUAUGCUAAAAACAAGAAAAGCUUACAGGAAGAAUUUCCCGAAUUGAGUCCCACAGAUUUGACAAAAACUGCUUUGGCAAGAUACAAGGAAAAAGAUGCAGCUCGUCAAAACAACAGUUCUUCCGAACCGAAGAAAAGGAAAUUGAGUUCCGAGAAUGAACAAAAUGAACCGAAACGAUCUUCGAGUAAAGUACUCAGCUCAUUUGCAUUUACAAAAUAAAUACCCGCCCGUAGUGCAGAAGAUAUUUUUAUACUUUCUAGUUGUAUGAUUAAUAUUAUUUAUUGUUUCGCGUCAAUGUGAUUGUUUUUAUACUGUCAAAUGUAAGAAAUGAAAUCAAGGCAUCUUGUUUUAACGCAGAAAAUAGAAUUCUUGUUUCCUAUA